AUGGAAAUCUUAGCCCAUUGUAAAGUAUAUUCUUUAUCUCAAUAUUAUCAUGCCCAGAGACAACUGUUAACGAUAGAUGCCAAGACAGAACCUGUACGAUCAUUACAUUUAAUUGAACCAGAUUUUAAAAUAUAUGAUUUUAAGAGACAAUUAUUAAAGGAUAACGUAACUACAAAUGGUAAAAUAUUAAUCAUCGAUAUAGUUUCCACAUGGCGAAAUACAUUAAUAAAUGAUGCUAAAUUAUUAAACAAUAUAUGGUAUAUUAAUUCUGAAGAAUUAUUUACUCUGGAAGGGAUUAUAUGUUUUUUGGCUAGAUUGAACGCAAAUCCUUCAAAUACAUUACAUAAUGAAUGUUCUAUUGAUAAAGAUCAGACGAAAAGUAAUACUGAUGAUUCAAUAUCAUUACAAGGUAUAAUAAUUGAUAAUUUGUCAUAUUUAUAUGCCGGUACCGCAAACGAUAUCAAAUCAUUAAACAUUUUACUUAAAUUAAUUAAAAAUAUUCAACGAACGUUUGGUUGUUGGUAUGUUAGUACAAGUUUAAAUAAUGAAUUUUAUCAAGGUAUUGAACAUAGUUUUACAUCACAAAAUAAUACAAUUAUGUCAAGUUAUAUGAAUGAUAUUGAUCUUGUAAUGGUUCGUGAUCCAAUAACACACAAAGUUUUAUUAAAGAAUAAAACUUAA